AUGGACCACAAUCACCACUGGUUGCCUCAGAAUGGUGAUCGCUAUCACCGUCGUAGCAGCAGCCAUCACCCUCCUCAAGAUCCCUCGCACUUUACCGGUGCUGCCGCCGAUACUGUUCAGCGUGCUCAGCAGCUGUUAGCUGUCUAUCCAAUGGCAUCUGCUACCCCUACGAAUCACGUUGCUCGACAUAUUAGCAACAUGACCCUAACCGCCGCACCUCCGACAUUCGUUCAGCCAAGUUACUACUCGACGCACCAUGCUGCAUAUCCUCCUCCAUACUCUGAAUAUGAUCAGCAGUUAGAUAUGUUCAAGAAAACUAACGCAUAUAUGAGACACUAUCUAACUGGAAGGACUAGAUCUUAUCAGUAUCAGGAACCUCAGCAUUGGGGGCCGAUGCCCACUGCUCCUUCGCACUUCCAGACCAGCCCAUUCGCGCAGUCGGUAUUUCAGAGAACUGCUCCAAACACGGCAUACCCAACACCCCCUCCUGGUAUCACCCCUUCUUCGUCAUCUCUGGCAUAUGCUCUUGGACAACCACCACCUCAACUCCAGUCAGCCGCACAGCCGAAGGUAUACAGACCAGAGGAGUCACCCGCAUUUUUCAACCAAUUUCUGGAACAGAAAACACGAGAGAUGGUUCAAGCUAUGCCUCCCUUCCCUGCACCAGCUCGUCCCACGACCCCACCCUCAAAAAACCGUCCUCCAGAGGAGAGUCCAGAUCCUCUGGCGCUUGCCCCGUCAAGUACCGCCGCUGUUACUCCACGGAAGCGCAAGCCUGUGGUUGAGAUUGUUUCGCCAUCUAAACGCGUGCACUCCGUGAAAUCAUUGCCCUCGUUCCAACACACUACGAAUCCAGUGACCCCCUCAAGCUCUGCCAGUUCCGUUCCUCGAACGCCAACCACCAUAUCAACGGCUCCCACGUCCUCAAUGUCUCAAGGCUCUUUUACGUCGACGCUGACGCCCAAACGAGUGAAUUUGGCAUACGUAUUUGUGCCUCCCAGUCCAUAUUUAACCCCAUUCUCUUCUCGCAAGGGUUCCGAAAAUGCCUCAAUGCUGUCUGAGAAACGACAGGGGAAAAUGAAGAUUAACGACACGCCCAACGACCUAGGAGGGUACGGCUCUGAUGACGACUUCUCAUCUAGCCCAACAAGAGGCAGGGGUCUCUUCGACUCUGUCAAGUCUUCCGCCCGCCGCACAGGCGAUCGAGAUGAACGAGUUCCACUUGAGAAAUUGACCGCUUUAAUCGACGAGAUAUUCGAGGCUGAAGAUGCGCUACCUGCGGAUGCUGAGGCCAAGGAUCUGCCACCAGAGCUAUUUUCCCAUCUCUCUAUUCAUUGCUCGAGACCUUUACUAAGCCCCACCGUCAUUCGAAAGUUGACGAAAUACAUCGGAAAUGUAGCCCGUCCGACCAAACGUCUCCGCCAAACCACGGCAGGCGGCACACCUGGUCGAGGAAGAGGGGGCCUUGCGGAAGUUGAUACCCAAAUAUUAUCCCGUUUGCUAAAACAUCUUGAUCGAAGCGUCAAAGCUGGCGAGGAUAUCGACCCGUUUGUCGCUAUCGUGGCACCACCUAGUUUAGCCAAAUCUUCUCCUCGAAAACCGUCUGCAAAGAAGGGCAAGAAGAAUGAAAAACGUUCAAAAUCACGGACACCGAAUGGCGACGAAGAUGAGGCUGAAGACGCGGACAAGGAUGAAGGUGGCCCAACCAAGAGUACUGAGCUGAAUGAGAUAGAUUUUGACAAGCUAAGCAGGGUAUUGGAUGUUGCUCGGGACAGCAUUCUGGCUGCGGAUUGCUGCAUUGCACUGCUUGCCAGCGAUAGAUUGAGCAAACAGCUCUAUUCUGAAGAGUUGAUCACGGCCUGCCUCAGUACAAUCAAGAACCAGCUGACGAAGAUCGUAUAUCCCUUUGUAGAAGCAUCCUCAGAAACUGGCGCUAAUCUCAGUCACACCCCACUAUUGCAAUACGUCGUCAAGAAUUCGUCAUCUAUGGCUCAAACCUAUCGACGACAACUCAGCGAGACGUUCCAAGCACUCUCCGCCGUUCUUCCGCGCAUCAAUGCUCUCGUUGGUUCUGAGAGUGUUGCCAUGUCUGACUCGAUCAUUAUUCAGGCAGUGUAUAUCGCCAUAGGCCCGUUUUUUGUGAUUGAUACUGGGGGCGAUGGGGAUGCGAAGGGUAAGAAAGACAAUGUUGUCAUUAAGACCCUUGGGAAAAGCGCGAUGAGGGGCCUUCGUUUGGAUGCCUUGUCAUUGAUUCGCAGUAUAUUUGCGAACCAUGAAGACCAACGGUCGUGGAUCAUUGAAGAGAUCCUCUCCUCUUUGAUUAAACUUUCGGAUACCAAGCAAAAAGCAGGUCAAUUUCGAUUGCGGGAUGGUCGUUCGAUUCGAACUGUCUCCGCGUUGUUACUUCAACUGGUUCAAACUUCAGCACACGAUGUUCGUAUUGAAUCCAGGAGAAUCGAAAAAGCUAGGCAAAACAAGUUUGCGCUUCGAAGGCAAGAGAGUUUUACGGAAAGUCAACAGGCACCGCCCGAGCCAUUUCUUGACGAAAACGAUCACGAGGAAAUUCGUCUAUAUACAAGCGGAAUGGAAUCAGCUAACAAGGCCGCGAAAACGAUCAUUCUUUUCCUUACGCAGAGAUCGGGGAAGAACAAGGCGACCAAGAACUCUAAUGAAGCCGAAUAUCGUGCAAUCUUUGACAACUUAAUCGAAGAUCUCCUCGUUGUGUUGUACUGGCCUGAAUGGCCCGCUGCUGGGCUUCUUUUGAGCAUUGCGUCGAAGUUUAUGGUUGCCUCCCUCGACGACGUGAAGUCUGCGAACUCACAGACAGAUACAAAUGCUGCCAAAACCAUUGCUCUCGAUCACCUCGGCGUCAUUGCUGCUCGCAUUCGUUCGAGCGCGCUCAAAGUGCAGAUAGAUGGUGGUGAGGCUGGUCCGAAGUUUAAAGGUCUCAAACCUCUAGAAGAGGUCGUAAGCACCCUCAGCUCAAAGAGCCUCAACAAGCUCCUAGAUGCUCAUAAGGAUGUUGCGUCACACCUCUGCAAACGUUCUUCAGAAGACCAGGCUUACGAUAGCGCAAGAGAACUAACAGCUGCCACUCUAGGCCAAGAGCUCGCUAGUGCUUUGAAGCAGGUCAACGCUUGGAUCGACCAGUCUGAAGACGAUGACGACUUGAACAUUAAAGACGAAUCUAAAACCCUCGCCUUUGGCCAAAAAAUCAAGACAGCAUUACGCGAAGUGUGGAAGGAUCCUUCCAAUGAUGUGUUCGAUAUUGGCUCCCAAGAAGAAGUUGCACGCGUUGAUCGCCUCGCCGAGGAGAUUGGCAAUGUUCAGAGCUUGCGCAACUCUUUCCAGCCAAUUUUGAACAUCAUUUUGACGGCUCUUGAUGCACCUGCGAUCUUUAUGAGGACUAAAGCUCUGCGUGCACUCGGUCAAAUUGUGACCAGUGAUGCUACGAUCCUUGCAGCGCCCAAUGUUCGUCGUGGUAUUGAGAGCCAUCUACUCGAUAGUUCACCUCAAGUUCGCGAUGCCGCGGUGGAGCUCAUUGGGAAGUACAUGAUUGAUUCUCCUGAAGUGGCUGGGGAUUACUACCAGAAGAUUGCGGAACGUAUGGCGGAUACUGGCCUUGGCGUUAGGAAGCGGGUCAUCAAACUUCUCAAGUCUUUCUAUGCCGUGACGGAUGAUAAUGCUCGUCGUGUUGAUAUCGCGACGAGGCUUGUAAUACGUUUGAUGGAUGAAGAUGAGUCAGUGAAGGACCUGGCUAUCAAGACAAUUGAAGAGCUCUGGUUCCCUCCUGUCCCAUUGCCCUCUGCCUUGAAAUCUCGGGGCAGCACGAGCAGCAACACUCAGGAUAAGAGCGCACUGUUGAGCAAGGUUGCCAUCAUCAUGGCCACCUCCGCCAACUUCAAAGAUCGUCAAUCACCGUUGGAGGAUGUUUUGCACAAGAUCAUUGCGGAGAAGGAGGGCCAUGAGGGUGCUUCUCUCCAUGCUCGUUAUACCGAAAUAUGCGAAACGCUGAUCGAUGGCCUCGUCGACGCCUCUGACUUGCCUGGCUUUACCGUCAUCAACUGCAUCCGCACCAUCUACCUAUUUACGUCUGCGUAUCCUUCCAUCCUCUCUGGUUCCAAUGCAUCAACUCUCUUGCCUUACCUCAAGAAUGCUUCGACACCCGAGGAGCUUAUCACGUCGGACUAUCUGUUGAAGAUCUUCCGCGUUUCGAUCCCUCAUAUGCCGAAGACUGCUGCAAAGUUUGGACAAGAACUUCAAACUUCUCUUCAACCUAUGAUCAUUAAACCUUCCGGUGGAGGAGGCAUACAGGUGCUCUUCUUUCAUCUUUCUGCAUUAGUAGAAACUGUGGGGUGCAUGUGUAUCGUUGUUCAACAUCUGACGCACGAUUUCGUUCGCCUGGUCAAUCUUGUCAAAUCACUCAAUGCCCGACUCCAACAAUUUCUUCAGGCUCCAGCAGCGAAGGAGCUGACUCCGAACGAACUCCGCGCUCUGCUUGUUCUCAUUUUGAUCGUUUCACUUCUCGGCGAGAAUUGUAAUUUUGAUCGCUUGCGCCAGGAGAAUUCUUCUCUCGCUCCUGAUAUUGACAGCAUCUCCAAAGGCCCUAUCACCGAGCACAUAUACCAAACAUUGUUGCAACUAUACAACAAGCAUAGCUUCCUCUUUCGUGCUCAGCCAACUUUGAUGACAAUGGAAUCUUCUGCCGUCAUCAUGGAUGCUAUUUUCGCGUCUCCCGAAGAGGAAGGACGGAGCCGACUCCUCAAAAUCAUGCAAGACUUCCUUAUCUCAGAAGCCUCAAAGCACAGUGCUAAAGAAAAAGAGUCUGUGAAAGGGAAGAAUAAAUCUACAGACGUGAAUAUGGAAGAACUUGUUGGCAAUACAGAUGAUUUCGCAGAUUCAGGAGCGAGCGUAACGCUGAAUUUACCCACCUUCAGAGUCACCUCAGCGAUUGUUCAACGUUAUUUGACGCCGAUCCUCGAUGCCGCCCUUUCUCAGAAUCUUCAAAUCCAGGCAACCGCCAUCGACGUGCUGAGCUUUACCAUAAAACAGGGCCUUGCUCAUCCCCUUCAGUCGUUCCCUGUGAUCGUGGCUCUGGAAACUAGUCCGUCACCUCAGAUCAGCAAUCGCGCAAGCGCAUUGCAUUCUAUUCUUCACAAUAAGCAUGCAUCCCUCCUGAACACGAGAUACACCGUUAGCGCCAGAACAUCUUUCGACUAUCAAAAGAAGAUAUCGUCUGGAGUUAUUCAUGGCUUCAGAGUACAGGGUACCUCCGUCGCCCUUCUCCAACGAUGGUAUUCUCUCGUUCGUGAAAAGCGGCCAACACGUCAAGAUUUCUUGAAAUCCUUGGUCAAAGUUUUCCAAGAGAACCCAACCUAUCAAUCGUCUCAGGAUGACAUCAAUUUCACUCGAUAUAUGGCUGAAAACUUCUCAGCGUUCGAGUAUAAAACCCAAGAAGAGGUCCUCACCGUCAUCAAGUAUCUUACGACCGUACUGUCAACUACAGGAAUGCAACUUCUGGAAAUAAUAUCACCUUCUCAUCUACUAACACACCUACAUGGAAGCUCGCAAACUCAAAUAACGGUACUGUCUGACGCUCCUCACGAUGCAAUGGAUGUCAGUGCCGAUGGUCCACCUUCUAACGACGCACAAGGAAUUGUUCAAGAUAGACCCGCUCUCAUGAGGACCUCUGUUAUCAUUGCCAUGGUGAUGCUGCUCAAAGCAUACCUGAAAACUCGCUACGCCUUAUCUGAAGACAAAUGCAGCAAAUUCGUAGUUGGAAAGAAGAGCGCGAUAGGAGACAAACCUGCGACGAAACGCAAUGACACUUCGAUCUCUUGGGAUAGGCUUCCCUUCGCCACCACACCAUUACUUACGACAAACGACGCUGAUGAGCAGAAAAUCAGAUUCUUGGAAAUCUGGAAUGAAGAUGGCUUGACAGCUGAACCCGACGAUGACUUCUUAUAAAUCCCACCCCCGCCUGCCCCUGAAUAACUUAUUACUCUCUCUUCUUGCACUUCUCCUGGACUGUAUCAUCACCCACUCAUACUUGUCGUCAUAUACCCCAGCGAGGCUUUUGGUCACAUGUAACAAUGAUAAUGCUUGGUCCCUGCC